AUGAAGAUAUCAAAGUGCUUAUUAUUCCUUUCGGCCAUUACGAUUGUAUUUUCUGAUCCUUCAUCAGACUGCCUUUUACCUAUACCAGGAUUGAACUAUGAUGCUUGGUGGGGACCUGAAGAGCUUAGAGAACUACAAGACACCAGCAUCAGACCUUUUCAAGUAAACUUUACAAAUGAAACCAGUCCCUACAACCUACCGCACCCGUUCGCGACUAUAACAGAUGAACUAGCCGUCAUUGCUCUCAACCAUAUUACAGAGAGAAUAUUGAGCCAGUACACUACGUCGCCACAAAUGACUCUGGAUCUGCUGUAUCGUUUAAAACAUCGCCGGCAAUUGAUUCCCUCAUUAGAAGGUGUUUGGUUCGAGUAUGGUAUAAAUUCUGAUGUAGUCGAAGAAUGGUUAACAUACUGGGAGAACGACUAUAACUUUAAAUAUAGGGAGAAAGUUUUGAAUAGUGUUCCACAUUACAAAACUAAUGUACAAGGUUUGGAUAUCCACUUCGUCUGGGCAAAACCUCAGGUAUUAGAUCAUAUACAAGUAGUACCUCUAUUACUACUAAAUGGUUGGCCGAGCUCAUUCGUAGAGUUCCUCGAAGUGAUUCCUCGACUUGUAGCUCCGGAUGCACACCGAGAGUUUGCAGUAGAAGUAAUUUCUCCAUCGUUACCUGGAUUUACAUUAUCUGAAGGAACAACUCGUCCUGGCUUAAGUGCUGUGGACAUGGCAGUCAUAUUCAGAAACCUUAUGCACAGGCUUGGGCAUCAUGAGUAUUAUGUACAAGGUGGAGAUUUUGGCUCAAUGGUAGCCAACGGUUUAGCUACAUUAUUCCCUCAGGAGGUUCUGGGUUAUCACACCAAUCUACCGUAUUUAUUAUCAUUGCCAGCAAGACUACCUUCGCUAGCUUCUCUCCUUAUACCCGAUAUGGGUAAUUCGAUAUAUGCUGGUAAUAAUACUAAAGGGAGAACAUCCGAAGAUAAUAUUCAGCAAUUAGCAUAUUUGUACUAUCAAUCUACUAAAUCAGACACACUUGGAAUGGCCUUAAACGAAUCUCCAACAGGUUUACUUGCAUAUCUUCUAGAGAAGUUUCAUUUCGGCUCCGUAUUGGACAGAAGAGAAAACGCUGGAGCGAGACUCGACUCUAUUAUGCCUAGAGAUAAGGUUCUGGAUACAAUAACACUUUAUUGGAUGACGAGAUCUAUUACGACCAGCAUGAGAAUAUAUGCAGAGGUAUUUAAUAGAAGGACAUUUGCUAUGAAUAUUGAUGAGAUCAGGACACCAGUCCCUACAUGGGUCUUGGAGGCGAAGUACGAAAUAUCAGGAUUUUCAACUGGAACACUCCAGAACAAGUAUCCUAACCUGAUCCAACACAGGACUUUAGAAUAUGGUGGUCAUUUCCUACCGAUCGAAUUGCCUGAAAUGUUCUCCAACGAUGUACUAGAUGCCAUCACAGCAUUUAGAAGCUGGCAUAUUAGGAAUAAACGGAGAAAUGAACUGUAA